AAAAAAGGUUUUGGAAGUUCCAGGCUUGCCUCAGUUGAGACCAUCAUGGUAUAUAAAGAGAAUAUGAAGACUCACCUGAGUAGCAAGAGAAUCAUCUACAAAACACUUUCUGCACAGAGACAGAAGAGCACAUAAGGGUCCUUCAACUUGACGUCCACAGAAAUCUUCAACACUCAGAGACACAAUAUGCUUUCCACAAUGCAGAAACUGACCAGACAAGUGUCAACCCUGUCUGCAGUCAGAAGACUCCAUAAACCUGCAAUAAAUGUCAAGGAGCAGCCCAAACCUGAGGAGACUAUAACCAGUAGCUUUGGCAAAUUCAUCCAGAGUGUGCAGCCAAAGCAUCUGUCGCCAGUCGUACUCCAGAGAAGCAAACGAAUGGUGCUGGACAGCAUUGGUGUAGGGCUGCUGGGCAGCACCACUGAAGUGUUUGAUCUGGUACUUCAGCAUUGCCAGCACAUGUACGCUCCCGAUGACAUCAGUUUUGUCUACGGGCGCAGUGGGACCAAGCUUUCCCCAACUCUGGCUGCCUUAGUUAAUGGAGUAGCAGUUCAUUCCAUGGACUUUGACGAUACCUGGCACCCUGCAACUCAUCCCUCUGGUGCAGUGCUUCCCGCUCUUCUUGCCAUUUGUGACAUGCUGUCCCAAAACAGCAAACCGAGUGGUCUAGACUUACUGAUGGCCUUCAACAUUGGCAUUGAGGUCCAAGGUCGCUUGAUGAGAUUCUCCAAUGAGGCUCAGAACAUUCCCAAGAGGUUCCACCCCCCUAGUGUUGUAGGGACACUGGGCAGUGCUGCUGCCUGUGCCCGGCUACUUUGCCUCAACCAUAAUCAGAGCAGCCAUGCCUUGGCCAUCGCUGCCUCUUUAGCAGGGGCCCCAAUGGCCAAUGCUGCCACUCAGUCCAAGCCACUGCACAUUGGCAAUGCCUCUCGUCUGGGCCUUGAAGCUGCCUUGUUGGCCUCUCGUGGGCUGGAAGCAAGUCCCCUGGUCUUAGAUGCAGUACCUGGGGUAGCUGGCUUCAGUGCUUUUUAUGAAGACUACAUCCCAAAUCCAAUGAUGUCCCCUGAAGAGGGGGGCCACACAUUUCUUCUUGAGAAACAAGACAUUGCCUUCAAGAGGUUUCCAGCCCAUUUAGGAAUGCACUGGGUCUCUGAUGCUGCUGCCCAUGUCCACAAGGCUUUGCUGGAUCUUUCUGGAGGAGUCAUCUCCACUAGCUCAGUGCAGGAAAUCCUGCUACGUGUUCCACACUCUAAGUAUAUUAAUCGGCCUUUCCCAGAGUCAGAGCACCAGGCGCGUCACUCCUUCCAGUUCAAUGCUUGCACCACUCUGCUCGAUGGCCAGGUAACAGUGCAAUCCUUUCAGCCUGAAGCACUAUUCAGACCAGAGCUUCAUGCCCUGCUCUCUCGUGUACAAGUAGAGCACCCCCAGGACAAUCCAGCCAACUUUGACUGCAUGUAUGGUGAGGUGCAGGUCACUUUGGUAAGUGGCAUUGUUUUACGCGGCCAUUGUGACACCUUCUAUGGCCACUGGAGGAAACCACUGAGUGAUGAGAGUCUACACAAAAAGUUCCGCAGCAAUGCAAGCACAGUGCUGGCACCUGAGAGGGUAGAUGGGCUCAUAGAAGCUGUGGAUCAAUUGGAGUUCCUGUCUGACUGCAAACCACUGCUAGCUCAGCUGCAAUAAACAGCUUCUUUAUGUUAGCCUGAAGCAAUGACUGUACUGUCUAGUGAAAGACACAUAAAUAGAAAGAAAAUAUAUGACAAUUGUUUGUCAAAAUAAGUUUUUUUUU